AUGGAACUUAAAAUAUUUAAGUUUUCUAGUGGUGAAUUUAACCCAAAUACUGCUUCUUCAAUUGGUUGUGAUGUAAUUUGUAAAAAAUUGAUUUUAGAUGGAAAACAAUACAACGUCCAACUAUGGGAUACAGCAGGACAAGAAAUGUUUCGUUCAACAACUGCAACUUAUUUUAGAAAUCGUCAUUGUAUUUUAUUUAUGUUUGAUGUAACAAACAGGGAAUCUUUUACACAUAUUGAGGAUUGGAUGAAAGUAUUUUAUGAAAUUCAAAAUGAAGAUAAAAAAACAUUAUUGGUAUUAGUUGGCAAUAAAAAUGAUAUGAUUACUGAAAGACAAAUAUCAUCAGAAGAUGCAAAAGGUUUUGCUAAAAAUCAUAACAUUAAUUAUUUUGAAUGUAGUGCCAAAGAGUUUGUUCACGUCAAUUUUUUUAGUUACCUAUUAAAUUUACCAUAUAGAAAUAUCAACAUUGAUAACAUCAUUGAGUUUGUUAUCCGAGAAUUGCGCCUUCAAAAAAUGUUAGUAGAAACUCUUCCAAAAGAAAUAGAAAGGAUUGACGAACCAAUUGUACUUCAAAAAAAUGAUUCACCUCAAAUAGCAGAACAACAAAAUGGUGGUGUGUGUUGUUAG